AACUGCCGCCUUCGUCCAGGAUGAGGAUGAGGAAGAGGAGGAGGACGAUGAGGAUGAUGAUGAUGAUGAUGAGCCCUGUGGCAAAGUGAGAGCGGCUCAGUCCACACGAGAACCCGCUGAAGGCCGCCGGAGACGUGCGCUGUAGAUUAUGUACAUAAGUUACCGACAAUUAUCCGGCGACACCUGAAUGGCCGGUCGCACAACUCGGAGGCGACGCACCGAGCAGCGAGCGACGGGAGGAGCCGGUGAACCCACGGCAAAAAGCAUCGCCCGGACUGGAACACGUUCCAAGUGCUCCCCGGUCGCGUCCCCCUCUCACGCACACGGACCGAGGCUCGACGGCUCCGCUGGGGACCUUCUAGCCGACGACACCGCGGCGCGCGUGUCGAAAUGUAAAGAAGGAAAAAAACAACAAACAAAAAAAACAAACGCACCUGCGGACAUUUUUCUAACGCUUCAUUUUUCUUCUAAUUUUUGGGUUUAAAAUAAUUUUGUAGACAGAAAGCCCACUGUAAAUCUAACGCGUCAUAACGUUUGUACAUAGCUGCAGGACUACUAGUACUCAGUUCUCAGUGAGUUAGCUAGCUGUCUGCUCUCGCCGGCUUGUUUUUGAAUUUUGAAUCCAAUUUUUUGGGGGGAUACAUCGCUGGACCGACGAGCUACCAUGUUGCACGGGGGGUUUACUUGAAGAUUUUUCCACAACAACACUUUGAAAGGAAAGCACUGCAGCUUCCCCGAACAGACUCGACAGAACCCUUUGUUGAGCGUGCAUUUGUAAGAUCAGCGAGACGUGUAGUUCUCUUUGAUUAGUGCUGCAUCCAGUGGGUUCUGAAGAAAAUCUAGGAAAUGGUGAGGAGGAAAGGGAGGACAGAAACUCUUCACCAGCAGCUGUGGUCUCACCCUCCUGUUCUACCAUAGAACAUCAGAGGAAAGGAGAACAGGGGGAGAGGGUCAGCAGCUUGACCAAGGAAAGGACAGCCUGACUGACUAGAAGGGGUGAGUGGGUGACCACAGAAAGAGAGAGACGGGGACUGACGGAGGAGCAAAGGUUUGGAGGAGGAGGAGGAGGUCCAGGAGGGGUGUGAAAGGCCCUUCCCCAUGGCUACUGACCCAGGAGAGCCCACAGGCACUGAGGACUCCGCUGAGAAACCUGAUGGACAGAGGGAGGAGGACACGGGGCCGGAGGGCAGGGACAACCAACAGUGGGAGAGGACACAAAGCACCUCCUCAGACAUCUCCUCCCAGACUCAGGAGAGGAGAUCCAUAGGAGGAGAGGAUGGAGGAAUCCAAGGAGGAGGGGGCGGAGGGCAAGCCAGCCAGGAGGGAAAGGAGAUCACAGUCAAACCGAGUUCACCUUCCUUACAAGUCGACACUGGUCAGAAACAACUGAGGAGGGAGAAGCGCUUCUUCAGGAAGAGUGUUGAGAUCUGUGAGGAGGACGAUGAGGCGGAGGUUCCGCCCGAGGCGCCCCACAGUGCCCCACACCUGGAGCUGCGAUCCUCAGACUCAGUCUUUACCAGCAGUGCCCAACAGCAAGGGGCUCCUGCAUCCUGUGCUGCCCUUGUCCAUGACCCAUCUUGUACCAACUCAAGCCAGGAGUCUGGCAAGGAUGCCCAUUCCUCCACACUCGCCCAGAGAGGGAAAGAGAGGGAGCGUGAGCAGGAGGAGGAGGCAGAGAUGAAGGCUGUGGCCACCUCUCCUGGAGGAAGGUUCCUCAAGUUUGACAUUGAGCUGGGCAGAGGAGCCUUCAAAACUGUGUAUAAAGGCCUGGACACCGAGACUUGGGUGGAGGUGGCUUGGUGCGAGCUCCAGGACAGCAAACUGACCAAGGUGGAGCAGCAACGCUUCAAGGAGGAGGCCGAGAUGCUGAAGGGGCUUCAGCACCCCAACAUCGUCCGCUUCUAUGAUUCCUGGGAGUCGGUGCUCCGUGGCAAGAAGUGCAUCGUUCUGGUCACCGAGCUCAUGACUUCAGGAACACUCAAAACUUACCUUAAGCGCUUUAAGGUGAUGAAACCCAAGGUCCUGAGGAGUUGGUGCAGGCAAAUUCUGAAGGGCCUUCACUUCCUUCACACCAGGACUCCUCCAAUUGUCCACCGGGAUCUCAAAUGUGAUAACAUCUUCAUAACGGGCCCCACAGGCUCAGUCAAGAUUGGCGACCUUGGACUGGCCACUCUGAUGAGGACCUCCUAUGCCAAGAGUGUCAUAGGAACGCCGGAGUUCAUGGCUCCAGAGAUGUACGAGGAACACUAUGAUGAGUCUGUGGACGUUUACGCCUUUGGGAUGUGCAUGUUGGAGAUGGCUACUUCAGAAUAUCCCUACUCUGAGUGCCAAAACGCUGCUCAGAUCUAUCGCAAAGUCACAAGCGGUAUAAAGCCAGCAAGCUUCGAUAAAGUGAAUGUCCCAGAGAUAAAAGAGAUCAUUGAAUGUUGCAUUCGUCAGAACAAGAGCGAGAGGCUCUCUAUCAAAGACCUCCUGAACCAUGCGUUCUUUGGGGAGGACACAGGGGUCCGGGUGGAGCUGGCCGAGGAGGACACAGGCACCCAGGACUGUCUGGCUCUCCGGAUUUGGGUUGAAGAGCCCAAGAAGCUGAAGGGGAAGCACAAAGACAAUGAGGCCAUUGAGUUCAGCUAUGACCUCGAGAACGAUAGCGCUGAGGAGGUGGCUCUAGAAAUGGUGAAGUCAGGUUUCUUCCAUGAGAGUGAUGCCAAGGUGGUGGGAAAAUCCAUCCGUGACCGAGUCAAUCUGAUCAAAAAGUCAAGGGAGCGUCGACAGAAGCAGCUCCUUCAGCAGCUCCUUCAGCAGCAGCAGCACCAGGGCUUUGAAGAGAGAAGAGACUCCACUCUCACCUCCUACACCUUCUCUCAUCCGUCCUGCUCAUCCUCACUAGGGCCAGGGGCCGCUGGACAAACAGGAGGAGGAGGAGGAGGAGGAGGACGAGGGCAGGAGUCCGAGGAGCUGCCUGAAGUGGACCAGCAUGUCAGACAGCAACAUAUUUUCAGUGGGACAACCCUCAGUCUGCCAGAAGGCGAGAGCGUUGGAUCUGCCAGCUGUGAAUCUUAUGCAAGUGGACAGAGCCAGGCAUACUGUCAGCAAGGGGAGUCAUACACCCACUGCCAAACGACUGUCCCCCUCACAACAACUAUGCUCCCCACUGGUGAGAGUGGAAAUGUUCCAAAUGUACCUCUUGGUCAGAGUGUUAGUAUGUCUAGCAUGUCCAUAGGCCAAAGUGAAGGCGGAUCUGUUGGGCAGACAUUUCUUCAGCCCAGUACCAUGGCUCCGCAGGCAUCACCAAGUGUUCCUCAGCAAUAUUUUCAGUCACAAACAUUUCCAUCAGAUGCAUUUCCAGCUGCCACUCCUCACGGCUCCAUGCCUCCCUCACAGUCAUACAUGCCCCCCUCACAGUCAUACAUACCCCCCGUUUCCCCACAAGCGCCUAUCCAUGUUCUGACUACAUCCAUGUUGGUCAGUGAUCCUGCUGGACUAGGUACCAUUGUGCCCCUUGCUCAGCAGACCCAACCCCCUGCCACUCCCAUGCAGCUCACUGACAUCAUUCCCCAGGCAGCACCCCAGCAAACACAGCCUGUCAUGAUCCCUCAGCAGACCAUUGUCCAACAACAACAGAUAGGGAUGGAUCCCCAGACCUCCGCCCUUCAGCAGCCACAACAGCAAAUGGAGGCCCAGGCCACUGUGCUCGAACAACAACAAGUUAGUGCCACUCAGCCACCGCCGGAACAGCAGCAGAGCCUCCAAGCUACAGCUGUCCAGCAACUUCAUCAUGAGCCUCAGCAGCGGAUCUAUGCUCAGCAACCUAUUCCACCUGUCCAGCCAACAACUCACGAGCAAGUGUUGCAGACUCAGAAACAUCAGAUCUAUUUACAGCAGCAGCUUGAUCAGCAUCAACAAGCACUGCUCCAGCGGCAGCAGCUUAUACAGCAGCAACAACCACCACAACAGGCACUUUUACAACAGCAUGUAGAGCAACAGCCUCCUUCGCAGCAGCAGAGCCAUUUAUAUCAACAAAUUGGACAACACCAAGUUGGAUCUCAAGCCGGCACUGAGGUGAUUCAGCCACAAACUCAAACUAUUUCACAGGCCCAGGUCCCCAUGGCGAUCCAGACUACACAAAUCCCUCUCCAGACAUCUGCUGUUGCCCCUGCUCCAGUCUUUACCCAGCAAGGACAAAGUGAGGCACCUCCUCAGAACCAGGGCCAAGUCCCAGUCCAUUAUAUAUCUCAGUCCACAGCCCAAGCAGCUCAGGCUAUGACUGAGGCUCGUGUACCUCCUCUAGCAGCAAUGAUCCAGGGACAGACUCAAAUCAUCCAGACUCAGCAAAUUCCUUUGCAGACUAGUUACCCAGGAUCUGUUAGUUCCUCACAAGACCAGGUAACUGCUCAGAAAUUAGUCCAGACUCAACCUUUGCACCAAACAAUCAGCCAGUCCCAGCCACAACAUGGCCAGGGCCCAACAGUUGACAUUCAGAUGAUGGGCCAACUCAGCCAAGCUGCUCUACAGCCUCCAGCUGCAGUUGCCUCGGUUCCCAGUCAAAUCCAACACGAGUCUCUUGUUCAGCAAAAUGCUCAAAUGCCAGGGCUCAUGCAGCCCCAGCUCCAGCAACAAACUCAAGACCAUCCACCUGGCCAGGUGAAUGCUCCGGCUGGCGCUGGCCCUCUGACCCCCCAGUAUGUCACUCAGCUUACCCACCAAGCCAUGCCAUCUGUUCAACAGGAUAUAGCUCAUAUUACACAACAGCAGCAGCAACAGCAGCCAGUACUGCAGUAUCCGCAGAUUAUUCCGUCUCCUGGCUCAGCCGGCGUUGGGACUAAAACAGAUGCCAGUUCCAUAGAACCUGCAAACUUUGUUGCAGCUCCUCAUGCUGUGCAGCAGGCUGGACAAGCCUAUGUUCAGGCUCAGCAGCAGCCCCUUGGAAGCGCUACAGACCCUUCAGUCAUUCAGCCCAUCUCCCAGCCUGCUCUGCCUCAGUCUACUGAGCAAUACCAGCAACAGCUGCAGAAGCUUCCUCAAGUGCAUCAGCCUCCGUCUCCACCUCCUCCAAAAGCUCAGUUACUGGCACAGCCAAUUGCUACUCCUAUCCAGCAACCAGUUUCCGAAAAUCAGGUUUUGAUGCCCCUUGAUGAGAGUCAGCGUCCCCCACAGUUUCCACCUGAUUCACAUCUGGGGACCCAUCCUCCUGCACAGAUAGUCACCACUCCCCUCUACAGAUAUCCAGUGACUGGCACUAUUCCAUCUCCACAGCGCCUGGCCAACCAGAUGCUGCCACUUCACAUGCACACACAAACCAGCAUCCAGGCCCAAGCACAGUCCCAGACACAGACACAGAUUCAGACACAGGUUCAAUCUCACACUCAGAAAAACAUUGAGACAGGUAUUGCUGAACAGACUGUUGUGCCCAAUGUUGUCUUUCCUGCACAACAAAUGCCCCUCAGCCCCUCUCAUACCUCAUGUCCCCCAACAACACUACCAUCUCUCCCAUCCCACCAUCCUGCUGCUGCCCCUGCUCCAGAGCUGCCUCCAUCUCCGCUCACAGCUCAGGUAACCUUACCAAGGCAGGUCAACUUUGUCCCCACCUCCCCCCCGCCUGUUGCUACUCUACAAUUGCUCGAUUUUAAUACCCCCAAACUCUCCCAAGCCUCGCUGCAAGACUGUGACCUUUCCCUGCUGUGCAUUGCUCAGGAUGGCCCAUACCUGUCAAGUACAGAACAUCAAUCUUCAGGGUCUGUCCCAACUAAUGGAGAAGAAACUGUUCAACUCUUGGCUAAUGGUAAAUUUGAGAAAUUAAAAAUUUCGCCAAGAGCUUUCUGUCAGAGGCCUGAGAAAGUUUCCAACCAGUUUCAACUGAGCAUGCUCCAGGUGUCCAGCAGCGGAGACAAUAUGGUGGAAUGCCAGUUAGAGACCCAUAGCAACAAGAUGGUGACAUUUAAGUUUGACAUUGAAGGGGAUGCCCCAGAGGACAUAGCAGAUUACAUGGUGGAGGAGGACUUUGUCCUCGAUGUGGAGAAGGAGAAAUUUGUUGAGGAGCUUAGAACAAUAGUUAAGAAAGCCCACGAAAUUCUUCAAACUCAUUCACUGACUGGAUCAACUGACCAACUACAUGUGAGCAAUCCCACUAGCUCAACACCUGACUCAGCGCCCCAUUCCUCCCCUGUGGGACGCUGGCGCUUUUUUAUCAAUCAGACCAUCCGCCAUAGAGACUCCCUUUCCAGCCAGGGAACGACCACACCACUAUCAACUCCAGAAACAAUGAUACCCCAGUCUCGUAAAAUAGAGAAAGAAAGUGAAGGAUCCCAAAGUCUGGAGUCCUUGACUGGAAUGGCCGGCCCCACCCUCUCUGCUGCCUCCCCUCCCGUCUCCACUGUCUCAGCCCCUUCCUCCAUGUCCCCCCCAGUCACCUUUGCCAAUGCUCCCCACUUCACUCCCUCUGAAAGCAUCUCUGCACAGGCCUCCACUCUUGAAGCCUCUGUCCCUGUCACUGCUUCAGGUGGUCUUGAACUGACAGUCCUGCCCUCAGCUUCUGCUGACCAGAUUUCCAGUGCUCCCUCAACUACAGCAACAGUUUCUGCUUCUAAAAUCCCCAUCAUGUCCACUGCUCCCUCUGUUGUGUCUCUCAAUCCCACCACCGUUCUUCCUGUCAUGCUCACUUCUCCUGGAACCGGUGGUUGCACCACUGUAGGUCAAAUUAUAGGGGACAAUGUGAUAACUGCUCCAAGGUUGUGCGUGUCUGCAGUGGACCAGUCCUCAACCUCUUUUCAUUCCCCUCCCCCUGCUGCUGCAGUGGCCUCUCCAGCAGUAAGCCAAGUUGUCAUGGAGCAACAGCAGACACUUUCGCAGCUGGCCAAACAACAGCCCCAGCUACAGCCUGUAUUGCAUCAGCAGGUAACAGCAGCGCCACAGCAACUGCAGGCAAUGCAGCUUGAACAGCAGCCACAACAGGUACAGUGGGCAACACCACAACGGCAACAACAGCAAUCACAACAUCAAGUUUACCCAGAACAAAUUCAGCUGCAGCAGGAACAAGCUCUGCAACAGUCUCUCCAGCAGUUAAAACAACAGCAACUCAUGCAAAAGCAGAUAACACUUCAACAAAAGCUAACUGAUUUGCAGGGGCAGCCUCAGCCAGGUCAUACAGAAGUAUUAAAACACUCCCUUCCCCUGCAGCAGUUUCUGCCACCAGUGCCCCUACAGCAGACCCAACAGCCCGUUCUUCAACAGCAAACAACACAGUGCACCCCACAGUUGCUGCAGCAGCCUCAGUUACAGCAGUUACCACAGCAGAUUAUGACACCGCUCGCUGCCGUAGUGUCGCAACAGCAGGCCCACAUUGAUCACCUGCAGCAGCAACAGUUAAACCUGCAACAGACGAUACAAUUACAGCAACAGCAAAUGGUGCAACAGCAGCAGCAGCAGCAGCUCCAGCAGCAGCAGCUCCAACAGCAGCAGCAGCUCCAGCAGCAGCAGCAGCAGCAGCUGUUCAUGGGUGCUGUGACUGAUCUGUGGCCAGAUCAAGGUCAAAUGUUGCCCCUGUCGAUAAAUCAACAGAUUCUUCAGCAACAGGCACAGCUUAAUGUUAGCCCUGUACCACAACAGCCGAUUCCACAACAGACCCAAAUGCCUGCUGAGCUGGUGCAACAACACAUACAGCCACAGAAACCGCCGAAACACACUGAGCAACAACAGGAUGCUGUUAAAGCUGUGGACACACCCCAGAAACAGCAGCAGUUUCCAUUGCAGAAACAGUCUUCUUUACAGAUGUCGGAGUCUGAGGUGUCCACAGGAGAGACGAGUGUCACAGAAGACACAGGCAGCUACUCUGCCCCUCUUCACCCUUCCUCUGAUUCUUCUCUGCCGCCUCUCCACCUGAGCAGUGCUGAAGCCCCCUUAUCCACUCUCUCCCUAACAAUGACACCAUCCCCUGCUCAGCCUUCCUCUGUGGCCGAGUCAGACAGCGAAGGCCCCCCCAAAAUUGAAUUUGUAGACAACCGCAUAAAGACUCUGGAUGAAAAGCUGAGGAACUUGUUAUAUCAGGAGUACAGCAGUGGGGCAGCGUCGGCAGGGGGAGCUGCCUCUGGCCCAACGUCAGCUGCCUCCACAUCAGCAGGAGGCGACGAGUCAUCUGAGCCGCAGUCACUUCACCACUUGUCUUUCCCCCCACCUGACUCCUCCUCAGAUACAUCCCCCCACUCCUCGUCCUCCACUACCUCUUCCACCACCUCCCGUUCCUCCUCCACCUCCCCUGACCCAGAGAGGGAGGGAGUGCAAGAGGAGGCUUCCUCAGAACUGCUUAACUCUGCAGGGCCGGGUCUGGUGGAGCAGCAGCCCGGCCCAUCUCUCCCCUCCACCUCUGCCCCGUCUACCCCGCCGACCUCUCUCCUGCCUCCUGAUCAAGAGAACUCUUCUGGGCCCCAGCGUCCCCCUGUACCAGGAGAACCAACCAUUAUAGCUGUACCCCCACAAUCUGAUACCAUGGCCACUGGAGAUGCAUCGGGGCCUCCCACUCAGCAGCCGAUCCCCCUCCGGCAUGGACAGCAGAAGCACAAUGCAGGAGGUGGAUAUUUUGGCCUAAACCUGACAUGUCCUAGUAUCAGAAAUCCUGUUAGCAAGAAAUCCUGGACUCGCAAAUUCAAAAACUGGGCAUGCCACUCCGCCAGCUUUUUCAAGAAGCCCAGAGUCCAGCAAGAUGGACGUUCCACCCGUCAGGCGCUUAGAGAGGAGAAAGAGGUGCUCCCCAUAAACCCACCUCAGUCACGCAAAGGACGAUUUCAGGUGACUCCAGUUCCCCAGACCUCUCCCCCAAAGGAUGCACCAUCAGGUCCUGGUAGUACUCACAGGAAAGUUGGACGAUUCUCUGUGACCCAGACUGAGACUAAGAAAGAGGAUGGGCAGACGGACAGCUCCCUGGUAUCUUCUCAUUUGGAGAGGGAGAAGAGGAGAUCUCGGGCAAAGGAAGGGGACAGAGAUGAAAGUAAGAGGACCCCAGCAAUGGCCCAUCUGCCACGAGGUCAUGGACAAAGCCACUCACCCCUGGGCAGCAGCGAUGAUGAUGAUGAGAGGGAGCUGGAGGAUGAAGACCUGAGAAAAGAACUUCACAAGCUUAGAGAGAAGCACAUCAAAGAGGUGGUAUCCCUUCAGGCCCAGCAGAACCGAGAGCUGCAGGAGCUCUACAGGCAACUUCGUUCCCUCAAAGACCAAAGGCAGAGUCUGCCAGUCUGUCUUUCACGAACCCCUCCUCUUCCAGCAGCAGCCCCUGUCCUCUCUCCUCGCCGGCCCAGGCCAGCCAAAAUCAAACUCAGGCCCCGGCCUCACUCUCACAUGGAUAACAAUGGAGUUGCACACUCGGAUCACAGUCCUCUCAGAAAAAGCACAUUCACAGACGAACUGCACAAACUUGUUGAUGAUUGGACGAAGGAGGCGGUGGGCGCCCUCCCUCCCAAACCUUCACUGAAUCAGAUCAAACAGAUUCAGCAGGUGCAGGAGUUGGGAGGCUGGAGUCAGACAACUGAGGUGGCUCCACCAGGUUGGUUUCCAGUGGCAACACUGAACCCCCAGGCAUCCCUGACCCCUGCGAGCUUGCCUGUGGCAGCCCCUUCUCAAUACACCGGUGGAGGGACCCUGUCCACCCUCCCCUCUCCAGGACCACAAAUGCACAUGGCUCAGGUGCCACAGAUGCAGCAAAGUUUACACCUCCAUCAGUCUAUCCCCCUCCAGCAAAUGAGUUUUCAGCAGCCCCAACUCUGCCAGCAGAUAGCGCAACCUCAGAUGCAAACUCCCAUACAGUCUCAGUCAUUACCACAGACACAGCCCAUUACCCAGCUGCCCAACUCACCACCUCAAAGCCAGCCACUGCUGCCUUCUCAAAUGCCCACAUCCCCAGUGUCCACGGCCACGUCUCUGCUGCCCGGCAGUUGCACCACUGCACCCACAGAUAGUACUGCUGCUCCUGGGGGGACAUUUUGCUCCUGUUCCUCAACCUGUUCCACCUGUUCCUGCUCUACUGCUGCUCUACCCUCCAGUGCCAAAAUUCACCCAACACCCCCCACCUCGACUCUUCCUCUGGGACAUAAAUGAAACCAAGGUGAAGUGCGAGGUCAAUAUGAAGGUGCAAGAGAUUGAAAUACUAAGUUGAUCAGGACGUAAAACGGAACCAUUCGGGGUGUUAGUUCUGUGUAUGCAUGAGGGAGUUGUGACUGCAAUGAAUAAAUGGAUUCCAGUUUACAUGUGGAUGAGAUGGAGAGUGAAUGUGAGGGAUUAUAGAUUAUAGUAUGUAUAAAACAGAGGGUAACAUGGGGAACACAGAUGCUGGGGCUUACGAAUCAUGGUAUGUUUGGCUGUUGAGAUGUAUAAAUUCUUUAAUGUAUGAGUGUGUACUUUUAUGAGUGUGGGUGAGUGUUUAUGCAUCAUCUAAAUACAUAUCUCUCAUGUCCUUUGACACAAAUUACCGUUCAUGUUUUUGUUUUCAAACCAACUCAGUUGGACCUCAAUUCUCCCUAUGCAGAGAUGAGAAGGUCAAACUAAUUGACGGUGUGUUGACAUUUAUUGAUUCAUUGGUCAAUUCUUACAGUAAAAGGACUAUCAAUUAUAAAAGUGCAAUUAGCAAUGGUCAUCUAAAUUGAUCAGCAUGUAUCAUAUUGAUUUGUCUGUGAAAAUAUUUUUGUAUAAGCACAUUGAUGAAAACCAGACGCAUUGAGCAUUUUUUCAUGAUCUUUACUUGAUCUUUUAAGAAAACUGUAGGCAGACAGCACAAGGUGUUUAAAUGGGCAAUGAAAGAAAACUAUACAGCAGCAUGUUACACAAUAGAGCACAGUGAAGUUAUCCGGCUACCAACAUUACCACAAAAUGACCAAAUACAUUGUUACAGUAUUGUGCACACUACAGCAUGUGCUUUAUUUGUUUUAUCAUUGUAUUUGUGUAUCAUAGAAGCAGACUGAAUUACCAUGAAUUAUAUAAAUUCUUAAUAUGAUGGAAAAUUGACAGAUGCCCCGUCUCUGUUUAGUGGCUACCCGGGUACACUAAGCCCUAGACUGCAUGACCUUAUGACUAACUUGACUUGCUUGAGUGCAAAGUGCUUGCUGUAUAUUCAUGGAUAUCACAUUUACUGUUUGCAGCCUACUGAGAAAAUAAUCAGCCAUGAGUUUGCACUUUGCAUUCAGGAUGACCAGCUUUCAAAUUUGACAUUUGUGUUUUCAGUUUUAGCUCUGCAUAUCAAAGCAUAUCACGGUUUCAUUCUGAGGUAGAGAACAAAAAAGAAAAGACCACUGCCAAGUUAUUAUAGACUGGAGACCAUAUGGUUUGUUCCGUUAUUGCCUUUUAAAAUGACUGCAUCUGUUGUGAGCGAAUGUUCCAUUUUUUGUGUGACAAAGCUUUGUGAUAGUCUCAUGGUCUAUUACAUUAUAAACUGCUCCCCUGUUUCUUUUAUUCAAAGCGGACUCUCAAAUGUCACUGUAUUCAACUGAAAAUGUUAAUGUCUUGGGCUUGUUUACUAAAGAAACAAACCAAGUCAGAGCUUAGAUGUCUUAGAUGUCCAACGCUGUUGUGGAAUCCUCACUUGCCUAUUGUUUUUAAACUUUUUUGGGGGGCUGGUAGAACAAUUUCCUUAUUACAGUUGUGAACAAUUUAGUCUUCAACCACAGUGUUAGUGGUUGUUAGUGUGAAAACAUCUGUCUGCAGCUGAACUGCGAGUCAACCUUUUGCAGUGAGCGUAAAGCACACUGCAAAAGGUUUAUUUGAGUCAAAAUGUUCCGUUUGUCUAUUUCUAAACUCACUUAAUUUGUAGUCACAGAAAUAAACAUAUACAUAAUAUAUCAGCAGCAGAUAUAUUACUGUACAUUGUUUUGGGUUAUCAGUGUGCUUCGCCAUACACAUUUGACCAUCGACAGUCGGCAUUACUAUUAUUUUGGCAUAAUAAGUAGCUUGUAGUCAAAGUAGCAUUUCUGUUUUAUUAAUGAUAGAGAGAUUGAGAGCCACAGAAAACAGGAGUUUGUACAGGUUGGUAAAGAGUGAUAAAUGUGCGUCAAAGAAAUUUAAAACAUGAAUGGUCAAGGACUAGUUUAUGCUCAAGGGUAUGGUUGUUCAGAAACUGCAAUUGCAUAAUCUAGAGUUUAACAAUGGUUUUCUGUAUUUGUUGCUUUCAAGACAACCCACAUUUUCACAGUGAUGUAGUUCAUUAUUAGUAAAGGUGAGAUACUGUGCUGUCUUGUCUAAUACUAACAUGUUGACUGCAAGCUACAGCUUAACAAUCAUGAUUUAUGAUGUGGAGCUGGCUUUGUCCUUAAAGUGUUACCAAAAUGUUAUCUAAAAGAUACAGAUUAUUUUUGUAUUUUCAAAGGGGGUUGUACAAAUUGUAAAAUUGUGUUCUUCAUCAUUAUAAAUCAGAGGUUUUUUGAAGGAGAAAACACUGGUUUUCUUUGCUGUUUACAUGGGACUCCCCUUCCUUUGAUAUACCUAUGUGAGUCCUGAUAGGCCAGGGUCAUUUCAAAUUAUAUUCAGAUAUUUUUGGGGGAUCUUUUUUGAUGUCCUAUUUCACUUUCGAACCAUGGAAACCUAAAUGAUACAUAACAGACUGGCAUUAGCCGCUGGGCUACAGGUCAAAUAAAAUAAACGUCAAAAUUAAUGAAACAAAAACCUGGGGAGUCCCAGAUGGCAUGAUUUAGAACCAAUAAGAAAAGGACUUUUGGGCAAAGAAACCUAGAAAAAUAAGGUAUGUUGCUGGUGAUUUAGCCUCUGUAAAUUGUAACUAAUUCAACUGUUGAUUUUAUUUAUGUUUUGUAACUAAUCAAAAUAAAUGAUGUUAAACAUCCAA